CGAAUGUUGACAGCUGAUAAUGACUCAAGCAUCAGCUGAUCGAAUGCCAAGUAACUUCUGCGAACUGUGAAUGGUUGAUUCUCAUUCUUAUAGAGGAGACUGUUGCAGCUACUUCGUUCUUUUCUCGGUACGAAACAUUAUUAUUGCUGUUAACAAUGAAACAAGUUUUUACCAUUGGAGCUCUUCUCAUCUGCUUCACAAUGAUUAUGGCUGACCCUGAAAACAAUGAACAUUUAGUUGGAGGACUCACACUCAUAGACGAGACUGAAAACAUCGCAGAUGUCGAAGAAGGCAGAAAACUAUUGAUGAAACAUUUAGAGGCUAAAUUUGACACCGACCGAGAGGCGUGUGUUGUUAAAGUUAGUCUUCCUGACCUCAAAAUUUAUCAACAGGUUGUCGCGGGAGUAAUGUACCAUUAUGUUUGGGCCCAGGAGAAUUACACCUCUACGUGUAAAGAUGGCUCAAUGUCAAUUGACGGUGGUGACAAACAGAAGGUGGAAACAAUGUCUAAGAAAGUGGACUGUAAGGCUAAGUAUUUCGUACAAAGUUGGACCAACACUAAAAAGCUAUUUACACCUGAAUGUUAACCAAAGCAAAAACACCUUGGUGAGAAAUAAUUAAAUAUGUCCAAUAAUAUGUAUGGUUGAUCAUUGCUUGGUGGUUGACAUUGACAAUCCUUUCUACAAUAAAUCUUUGCAGAAGUAAUACAGUGUUUUGUGU